UUAGUUUAUUUGUAAAAUUCAUAACCUAACAAAUUUAAAGUGUCUUUGAAAAAAAAAAUGUCAAAACCAAUAACAUUUGUAACUGGAAAUGCAAAAAAAUUGGAAGAAGUAAUCGCAAUACUAGGCCCCUCAUUUCCACGAGAGCUAAUCCACAAAAAAAUCGACCUACCGGAACUGCAAGGUGAACUUUCGGAUGUAAUCUACAAAAAGUGCCAGGAGGCCGGUCGGAUAGUCGGAGGUCCCGUGAUUGUCGAAGACUCGGCACUAUGUUUCAACGCACUCAAAGGCUUACCCGGUCCGUACAUAAAGUGGUUCCUCGAAAAACUGGGCCCCGAAGGUUUAUAUCAGAUGCUGGAGGGUUUCGAGGAUAAAACCGCCGACGCUGUUUGCACGUUCGGUUUUUCUCCCGGAGGUUGUGAUGAGCAAGUGGUGUUGUUUGAAGGUCGUACUGAAGGGGAAAUCGUACGUCCGAGGGGUCCACGAAAUUUUGGUUGGGAUCCGUGCUUUCAACCGAAGGGAUAUACGCAAACUUAUGCUGAAUUGACUAAGGAGGAAAAGAAUAAGAUUUCGCAUAGAUAUAAAGCUCUUGAUAAAUUGUUAGGGUAUUUUAAAUAAUUUUAAUAAAGAAGAAUAAUAUGUUCA